AUGUCGUCAUCUUCGUCUGAUGAAAAUGAUGAAAUCGAGGAGAGAUUGGAUGAUAUUAUCGAAGAUUUCAUUGACGAAAUUUACGACGAUAUAGUGGAGGCCGAACCCAUACCGCAAAGGACCCGUAGUUAUACUGAACGACACCGCGAAGGAGGACAGCACCAGCUAAGCAAUGACUACUUCAACGACGACCAUUCGAUAUAUUCGAUACAAACUUUCAGACGCCGAUUCCGCAUGAAUAAGGGAUUAUUCAUACGUAUUGUCGAUGGCCUUGAACAAUUCUUUCCAUUCUUUCAGCAAAGAAAAGAUGCAAUGGGUAGGUGGGGUCUUCCUGCACUACAAAAAUGUACGGCAGCAAUUCGUCUACUUGCUUAUGGAAAUUCGGCUGACACGGUUGACGAAUAUCUCCGACUUGGUGAGAGCACUGCACUUUCUUGUUUACAUCAUUUCACUGAUGGGAUAAUACAGUUAUUCGGAGAUGAGUAUCUGCGACGACCCACAGCAGAGGAUCUUCAACGACUACUCGAUAUGGGAGAGAAACAAGGGUUUCCUGGGAUGGUCGGGAGCAUUGACUGUAUGCACUGGGAGUGGAAAAAUUGUCCAACCGCUUGGAAAGGACAGUACGCCCGUGGCCACGGAAAACCGACUAUUGUCCUAGAGGCCGUAGCUUCACAAGAUCUUUGGAUUUGGCACGCAUUUUUUGGUCUUCCAGGUACCUUAAAUGAUCUUAAUGUCCUCGAUCGAUCUCCUCUGUUUGAUGACCUUUUAGAAGGUCGAGCUCCCAGGGUGAGGUACAUGGUCAACAACCACAUGUAUAAGUUGGCAUAUUACCUCACAGAUGGUAUAUAUCCAAAAUGA